AUGGCGGCUCCACAGUCUUUCUACGAGCUCUACCGCCGUAGCAGUAUCGGCAUGGCGCUCACAGAUACCCUUGACGAUUUGAUCAGCGAGAGACGUAUCGAGCCUCAGCUCGCAAUGAAAAUAUUGGCAAACUUUGAUAGAAGUAUUACGGAGGUUUUGGCAGACAAAGUCAAGGCGAGAUUGACUUUCAAGGGACAUCUGGAUACGUAUCGUUUCUGCGACGAGGUUUGGACUUUCUUGAUUAAGGAUGUUACUUUCAAGAUGGAGAACUCCAGUCAGUCAGUCACGGCGGACAAAGUCAAGAUCGUGAGCUGCAACAGCAAGAAGCCCGGUGAUCCUCAGUAGAUAUUAGGGAGGACUCUUUACGGGCAUUCGACAUAUUAGGGACAUAGUGGUGGAUAGAUUGGGAGAUACAGAAUGAUUUUCGGAUGAUCAAGAAUGGCAUUUACAGAUUGGGCUCUUCAAUGACUUUAGAGAAAGGAUAUCUCGGGCGUUUAUUGGUUUCCGUGGCGUUUCAUGGCGCUUUGCCGGAGAAUGA